AUGGCGGUAGGUAAUGUUGGUAUUGCAGGUAAUACUGGUAUUGCAGCUAAUAUUGGUAUUGCUGGUAAUACUGGUAUUGCAGGUAAUAAUGGUAUUGCAGGUGAUACUGGUAUUGCAGGUAAUACUGGUAUUGCAGGUAAUACUGGUAUUGCGAGUAAUACUGGUAUUGCAGGUAAUAAUGGUAUUGCAGGUAAUAAUGGUUUUGCAGAAAAUAUUGGUAUUGCAGGUAAUACCAGUAUUGCUGGUAAUACUGGUAUUGCAGGUAAUAAUGGUAUUGCUGAUAAUACUGGUUUUGCUGGUAAUAAUGGUAUUGCAGGUAAUACUGGUAUUGAAAGUAAUAGUGGUAUUGCAAGUAAUUUGGGUAUUGCUGAUAAUAUUGGUAAUGCAGGAAAUACUGGUAUUGCAGGUAAUACUAGCAUUGCCAGAAAUACUGGUAUUGCCGGUAAUACUAGCAUUGCAGUCUGUAAGAGGUAUGAAGGUUUGAUGUGCAUAUUUAUUGGCAACAUUGAAUAA